AUGAAGGCUGCAGAGAAGAAACAGGUUCGAGUCACUGCCUACGUGGAGGAGGAUCAGAAUAUCCUGGGCGGGCGCCCGUGGACGAGCUGGCGAGCGCGCUGUGUUGCGUUGCGUUGCAGUGACUACCACAGGAAGCAGGACGUGCUCCGCGCGCUGCGCAAGAAGGCGCUGGACAAGAAUCCCGAUGAGUUCUACUUCAAAAUGACCCGCGUGAAGCUCGAGGACGGAGUUCACGUGAUAAAGCAGCCGAAGGAAGAGGUGACCCCGGAACAGAUGAAGGUGAUGAAGACGCAGGAUCUGAAAUACGUGGAAAUGAAAAGAGUGGCAGAAGCCAAGAAAAUCGAGCGGCUGAAGUCGGAGCUCCACCUGCUGGACGCCGAGGGGAAGCAGCCCAACAAGCACACCUUCUUCCUGGAUACCAAAAAAGAAGUUAAAGAGUUUGAUGUCGCCUCUCACCUGAACACUGUCCCCGAGCUCGUAGACAGAGUGUACAACCGCCCCUCCAUUGACACGCUGCAGAAGGCAGCAGUAAAAGGAGCCACGAAUUCUGCCCAUUUAAAGAAACUAGCCCAGAAGCGGAGCGGUCAGUACGACCUCCUGAAGCAGCGCAUCGAGCGAGAAAAGCAGCUGUUUGUCAUUGCCCAGAAAAUCCAGACACGCAAAGAUCUCCUGGACAAAACCCACAAAGUGAAGGUGAAGAAGGAGACGGUGAACGGCCCCGCAGUGUACAAGUUCAGGUUCCAGCGCAAACGCUAGCGGUUCGGGGAAAGGGUUAACGGGAAGAGCCGUCCCGGUUCGGAGCUAAAUGAAGUCGUCAGGAGCCUGCUUCUCCUCAGGAGCGGCGCUGGUAUCUCGGCAGCAUCGGAUUUAUUUUCACGGCUGUCUAACGCUCUGUCAGAGUAAGCCCUGUGGGCCUCUUGUAACCAUAACACAUUUUAUUUAAUAAACCCAAGAAGAUUCAUGCUU